AUGCUUGCAUUUGCACAUCAUCCACGCUACAACCCAUCGCGAUUCGUCGCAGAAGAGCCGUCAGAAGUAUUCCCACCUCUGAAAGGGCAACCUAUGACCGCCGAUAGCUCAUUCCUGAAUGAAUCUUCUGGAGACCUUGCGCGUGCACACGAGACAGAUUUCCACAGUCAGAGCAGAGGAGGAGCAAGCGACUUUUCGCUCGUUCCCUUGUCUGAUGUGUCCCUGAAGGUUGCUACCGCGCCGGGAUCACAUGCCGGUGGAGCGCCCCGUCGUAUCAACCAUACUAUACCUACGAACAGGGACUUCGGACCGACCAAAUGGCGAGGCUUGUCCUGGGCAUCACUUGGGAACUACACGUGGAUUCUUCUCGGUUUGUCCGUCGCAUAUUUUUUGGGAAUUAUGCAGCCGGUUUACGUUGUCGAGAUAUCCGCGAGCAAGAUAGUAUGCCAAACCUUGUCUCAUCUACGGUCGUCAACUGGUUUGCUACCCAUUCCUGAACGCUGUCGGUCAAUUGAUCAGCAUCUUUCCUUUGGAUGCUCCUGCACUCCUCUCCAACCCGAGUCGCCAUCAAUUGGAGGCCGAGAUUUUGCGUUACGUGCUGACGGUGCGAAGUUUAUACCGGGGCUCACGACGAAUAAUUUUCUCGAAAAGAGCAGUGAGGCGGAUAUCCAGCGACGUAUCCCUGACUUGGCGCCCACGGGAGAGAAUCACCGGUCAUUUCCAGGCGGCGAGGGCCAACUUGGUAUAGUGCUUGUGGAGCCUAUCCUCAUCGCGCAGGUCACGAUCAACCGCACGCAAUUCUCUCCUGCACCUUCACUGGAAUGCCUACCUCGCGACUUCAUUUUGUGGGGUCUCAUUGACGGAGACGAUAACGUCCUUAAGUCUCGUCAAAAUUCUACUCUCGUUCACAGGCUCUUCUCUCGACUCCCUCCUACGUUCAGUUUUCCGUCAUCCAGUGUUACAGAAUCGUUCUCGCCCCUCGUAUACUCUAGGUAUGACCCCCGCAACGGAUUAGCCCAGAGUUUCUCCAUCUUCGACGAAGUUGUCUUGCUUGAGCUCGACUUUGGCGUCGUCGUGCUCCAGAUCCUUAACAAUUGGGGUGGCUCGUCCACAUGCUUACAUAGAGUAGAGGUUCGUGGGCGUUUGCGUACAGAGGAUUAA